AUGCUCCUCUACGAUCUUUUUACUGACAACUGGAUUCGAGAUAUAUUCACAUUUAUAGUCAUUGCGUACAUCGCAGGACAAGUACAGCUCUUCCAUCCAUCACUUCCUGAUAACCUUUCGACUGCUGUUCCCGUCGAGGACCUUGUUAGUGCACGAACUCAUCUGGCAGUUGCAUAUUAUUGGUUCACUGGUGACGCAAGUAUGCGCGCAAAUGCAUGCACAGUCGAUAGUGGUAGUAGUGGGGCUUGCGAGCGCGCUGCCAACGAAGAAUGUGGCGAGGGCCAGAGCGAUAGAGCGCACAGUCUAGACAUUUACGUUGGCGCAAGCUCUCAAGAUCCGACGGCCAUCAGGCAGUGGCAGAUGCCUCCGUCGUUACCGAUGUGUACUCCCGGUGGGCAGACGAAGUCGCACUUAAAGAUUAAGGAUGACUGGGCCGGAGGUGCCGAAGUCGUAGUGGUCUCGGCUGGUGCAGCGCCCACAAGACUCGCGGCAAAGGCAACGACGGCGACGGCAAUUGAAGAAGCACGCAUGUUUACGUGA